GCGGGGUGAAUGAAGUGGGAGCGAUUCGUCCGCCCCCGCGCUUACCUACCAGGCCCAGCGGGGCCCGCCCCUCCUGCGCCCAGUCCAGCGCCCGCCAGACCGCCGCCUGCCGCUGCCCUGGACCCUGGCGUCCGGCCCCCCCGUGCCAGGACCCCGCGUCGCGGACCCACGAUGGCCAAGCGCAGCUCGCUGUUCAUCCGCAUCGUGGAGGGGAAGAACCUGCCCGCCAAGGACAUGUGAGCGCGGCCGGAGGAGGGAACCCCAACUUUCCGGGGAGGGGCGCUGCCCCUUAUGCCUGCCUGACCUUUCUGGGGUCCACACGGCCCGCCCACAAGUAGAGCAGUGCACGGGCAGCAGCGAUCCCUACUGCAUCGUGAAGGUGGACCACGAGCCCAUCAUAAGGACAGCCACUGUGUGGAAGACCCUGUGCCCCUUCUGGGGCGAGGAGUAUCAGGUGCACCUGCUGCCCACCUUCCACUCGGUGGCUUUCUACGUCAUGGACGAGGAUGCCCUCAGCCGGGACGACGUCAUCGGGAAGGUCUGCCUUACCAGGGACACCCUGGCUACUCACCCUAAGGGUUUCAGUGGAUGGGCCCAUCUGACGGAGGUCGACCCUGAUGAGGAGGUGCAGGGCGAGAUCCACCUGCGGCUGGAAGUGGUGCUGGGGACCCGGGCCUGCCGGCUGCGCUGCUCUGUGCUGGAGGCCAGGGACCUAGCCCCCAAGGACCGGAAUGGUGCAUCUGACCCCUUUGUCCGAGUGCGCUACAACGGCCGGACGCAGGAGACCUCGAUCGUGAAGAAGUCACGCUACCCACGCUGGAAUGAGACGUUUGAAUUCGAGCUGGAAGAGGGGGCGGCGGAGGCGCUGUGUGUGGAGGCCUGGGACUGGGACCUUGUCAGCCGCAAUGACUUCCUGGGCAAGGUGGUGUUCAAUGUCCAGAGACUCCGGGCGGCCCAGCAGGAGGAGGGCUGGUUCCGGCUGCAGCCCGACCAGUCCAAGAGUCGGCGAGAAGAGGGCAACCUGGGCUCCUUGCAGCUGGAGGUGCGGCUGCGGGACGAGAUGGUGCUGCCCUCCGGCUGCUACCAGCCCCUGGUGCAGCUGCUCUGCCAUGAGGUGAAGCUGGGCACCCAGAGCCCAGGGCAGCUGAUCCUACUCAUCGAGGAGACGACAAGCACGGAAUGCCGCCAGGACGUGGCCACCACCCUGCUCAAGCUUUUCCUGGGGCAGGGACUGGCCAAAGACUUCCUGGACCUGCUCUUUCAGCUAGAGCUGGGUCGCACCAGUGAGGCCAACACCCUGUUUCGAAGCAAUUCUCUGGCCUCCAAGUCCAUGGAGUCUUUUCUGAAGGUGGCUGGAAUGCGGUAUCUGCACGGCGUCCUGGGCCCCAUCAUUGACAGGGUGUUUGAGGAGAAGAAGUACGUGGAGCUGGACCCCAGCAAGGUGGAGGUCAAGGAUGUAGGGUGCUCCGGGUUGCACCGCCCGCAGACCGAAGCUGAAGUGCUGGAGCAGAGCGCGCAGACGCUGCGCGCCCACUUGGGGACGCUGUUGAGCUCGCUCAGUCGCUCGGUUCGCGCAUGCCCUGCCGUGGUCCGCGCCACCUUCCGCCAGCUCUUCCGGCGCGUGCGCGAGCGCUUCCCCAGCGCCCAGGACGAGAACGUGCCCUUCAUCGCCGUCACCAGCUUCCUGUGCCUGCGCUUCAUCUCUCCUGCCAUCAUGGCGCCCAAGCUGUUCCACCUGCGGGAGCGGCACGCGGACGCCCGCACCAGCCGCACCCUGCUCCUGCUGGCCAAGGCGGUCCAGAAUGUGGGCAACAUGGACACACCAGCUUCCAGGGCUAAGGAGGCUUGGAUGGAACCGCUGCAGCCCACGGUGCGCCAGGGCGUGGCCCAGCUGAAGGACUUCAUCACCAAGCUGGUAGACAUCCAGGAGAAAGAGGAGCUGGACCUGCAGCGGGCCCUGAGCUUGCAGGCGCCGCUGGUGAAGGAGGGGCCGCUCUUCAUACACAGGACCAAGGGCAAGGGCCCCCUCAUGUCUUCCUCCUUUAAGAAGCUCCACUUCUCCCUCACCACGGAGGCCCUCAGCUUUGCCAAGACACCCAGCUCCAAGAAAAGCACCCUCAUCAAGCUUGCCGACAUCCGGGCAGCAGAAAAGGUGGAGGAGAAGAGCUUCGGCAGCUCCCACGUCAUGCAGGUCAUCUACACGGACGACGCGGGCAGGUCCCAGACCGCCUACCUGCAGUGCAAGUGUGUGAACGAGCUGAACCAGUGGCUGUCUGCACUGCGGAAGGUCAGCAUCAACAACACCGGCCUGCUAGGCUCCUACCACCCUGGAGUCUUCCGCGGGGACAAGUGGAGCUGCUGCCACCAGAGGGACAAGACAGAUCUGGGUUGCGACAAGACGCGGUCCCGGGUGACCCUGCAGGAGUGGAAUGACCCUCUCGACCAUGACCUGGAGGCUCAGCUCAUCUACCGGCACCUGCUGGGCGUAGAGGCCACGCUGCGGGAGAAGCACCGACAGCUGAGUGCGGGCCCAGAGGCAGGCCCUGUGCUCACGGGCCCCGGAGGAGAGCCUGCAGCGAGUAGAACUGUGGAUUUAACUGCACACGCGCAGCCGCCCACCGGCAGCACCCGCCACCCUUUCCUCCAGUGGAUCUCGUGGGCACGGCCACUGCAGCCAGAGGGGCAUUUAAAUGAGUAAGUGCCUGGCUCCGCCCCCCACCUCUCCCGUGGGUACCAACACCCCUAGGUUCUCCUCGCAGGUUCCAGGCAGAGCUACCUACAACCCAGGAUGCCGCAUUCUUUUUGGAAGCCACCUGGAAAAAGGAGAGGGACAGAAGAGACUCCUGCCUGCCCUCAGUACAGGCAGGUACUGGAGGUCACCCCCUCCACCUGCCCAGGGAUUCCACACCACCACUCCCCCAGGAUCGCCAGGCCUGUUAUUCAUCCGGGGCUGGGGCAGACGCCCCAGAUGUCUUGAGGGUCUGAUUGGGCCCUCAGAGGCCUACAGCCCAGCGGCUGGCAUUCAGUACAGGGCAGGCACCCCGGGAAGCCCUGAGUGGGCCCAGCUCACAUAGCAUAUGCGCCUUUGGGCCCAACUCGUAGGAAAUCUGGGCAAGUUCCCGCCAACCUUCUCUUGGGAAAUUCUUGUCAAAGUAGAAUUUUCAAAUAUGUUUUUAAAAAUGACUCAUAAAAAUGAAACUGUGCACCUCAGAUUGGACUUGAACCCACACGGCUGGGACUUUGACCCUGCCAAGACCCACAGUCUUCCAACUGAGAUCACACACCUGGUUUCAGGACUAAUGACGCUCAGGUUCUUGAUGUCUCAUCUCAGAAUUCAGUGAGAGACAAAGUGAUAGGUAAGAAGUGGAUUUAUUUAGAGAGAAACACACUCCACAGACAGAGUGUGGGCCAUCUCAGAAGGUGAGAAAGGCACCAGGGUACGGGGUUGUCAUUUCUUAUAGGGGUGGGUAAUUUCAUAGGCUAAUGAGUGGGGGGAGUAUUCCAGCUAUUUUAGGAAGGGGCGGGGAUUUCCAGGAGUUGGGCCACUGCCCACUUUUUGAUCUUCAUGGUUGGUCUUGGAACUGUCAUGGCGCCUGUGGGUGUGUCAUUUAGCUUGCUGCCGUGAGCGUAUACUGAGGUUGAAGGUCUAGUGGAAAAAGUCGACUUGUCCGCCAUCUUGGACCCAUUGGGUUCUAAUCAGUUUAUAUCAUGCCCUUGGGCUAUGUCAUUCUUUCAAAGGUUGUGCCCUGCCUCCUUCCCUCCUGUUUCAAAAAUAUAGAAUGGGCCUUCCCUGGUGGCGCAGUGGUUAAGAAUCCGCCUGCCAAUGCAGGGGACACGGGUUCGAGCCCUGGUCUGGAAAGAUUCCACAUGCCGCGGAGCAACUAAGCCCGUGCACCACAACUACUCAGCCUGCACUCUGGAGCCCAUGUUCCACAACAAGAGAAGCCACCGCAAUGAGAAGCCCGCGCACCGCAAUGAGUAGUAGCCCCCGCUUGCUGCAACUAGAGAAAGCCUACGCGCAGCAACGAAGACCGAACACAGCCAAAAGUAAUAAAUAAAUAAUAAAUUUAUUUUAAAAAAUGUAUAGGGUAUGAACAUGUAUCAGAGAUUCAUUACACUCCAAGGAGGAAAUGAAUGUUUGGCAAAGCUAGUUCAUAGACUAUUUUGAGAGUCUGGGUAACGUUGGAAUAAUAUUGUGAUAUUAGAUACAAAACUGGUUGAUGGAAUUAUCUUCUCUAUGGGAUGGAAACCUACAAGUUAAUAAGUGACUUCAACGUCUGGGCUCUAAUUGAAUAAUAAAUUUCAAAGUCAAACACAGGUGGCUUCCCUGGUGGCACAGUGGUUAAGAAUCCGCCUGCCAAUGCAGGGGACAUGGGUUCGAUCCCUGGUCCGGGAAGAUCCCACAUGCUGUGGAGCAACUAAGCCCGUGCGCCACAACUACUGAGCCUGUACUCUAGAGCCCAUGAGCCACAACUACUGAAGCCCGCGCGCCUAGAGCCUGUGCUGCACAACGAGAGGCCACUGCAGUGAGAGGCCCGCACAUUGCAAUGAAGAGUAGCCUCUGCUUGCCACAGCCAAAAAAAGCCCGCGCAGCAACGAAGACCCAACGCAACCAAAAAUAAGUAAAUAAAAAAUAAAAAAUUAAAAGAAAUAAAUUCUUAAAGAAAAAAAAACGUCAAACACAGGUCCAUUCCCCAAGCUUAGGGAUUGGCAAACUUUUUCGGCAAAGGCCCAGGCAUGCAGGUUUUGGUUACCAUUACUCUUGUAGCACAAAAGCAGCCACAGGCAAUGAGGAAACCAACGGGCAUGGCAUAUUCCAAUGCAACUUUAAAUACAAAAACAGGUGGCAGGCUUGAUUUGGUCCCGGAGCCCUCACAUUUUGACGAUCUCUGCCCUAGAUAUUUAUUUAUUUAUUUGUUUUUUUCUAAAACUCCUGCUUUUUAAAAACUUUUAUUUAUUCAUUUUAUUUAUUUUUGGCUGCGUUGGGUCUUCGUUGCUGUGUGCAGACUUUUCUCUAGUUGCUGUGAGCCGGGUGGGGGGGCUACUCUUCGUUGUGGUGCUCUGGCUUCUCUUGUUGUGGAGCAGGGGCUCUAAGCACGUGGGUUUCAGUAGUUGCGGCAUGUGGGCUUAGUUGCCCCACGGCAUGUGGGAUCUUCCCGGACCGGGGCUCGAACCCACGUCCCCUGCAUUGGCAGGCGGAUUCUUAACCACUGCGCCACCAGGGAAGCCCUGCCCUAGAUAUUUAAAUAACCCCUGGUCAGACCUGUUCAACAGUGCUCCAGUAUGGCGUUGUUGGGAUAUGCCACACACUCCCCCUUCCCCAUAUUUCCAAGGUUGGAAAAUGUUUCUUAGCACCCCAUGUUCUAGCCGCCCCUUCCACAGUGGUGCCAGGCAGACCUGUCUCCCUUAGACUAAGGAGAAGACGGGAAUGGCCAUUGGGACUCCUCUCGGGGCACACCAAAAUUGAGCUGCUGAAAACUCUUUGGGGGGCUGACAACUUCUGGAGCUCAGGAUCUCAUGUUGGUCAGAGAAUCAAAGGGCAAGUGUGACCAGAACUCCCUAGAGAGGACAGACUUCCACAGUGGCAGGGAGGGAAGCCCCUUCAGAGUUAAAAUCCUCUCCCCAUUCUGUCCCGUAGCCCAGUUAAGGCCAGGCCAGCCUCAUCACCGCCAGGUCCCUGCAAUCCCGGCAAUGGUAGUGUUGCAAGAAAAGGUGGGGCACAAGAGGAUGGUCAGGUCCCAGGUCUCAGGUGAGUUCCUGGGACGGGUCGCCAAGUAUGGGUUCUCGGCUUCUUGCAGGAAAGAAUUCAAGAGCGAGCCACAGUAAAGUGAAAGCAGGUUUAUUCAGGGAGAUACACAUUCCAUAGACUGAGUGUGGGCCAACUCAGAAGGCAAGAGGCCCCAGGGUAUGGGGUUGUCAGUUUUUAGGGGGAGGGGAAUUUCAUAGGCUAGUGAGUAGGAGGAUUAUUCCAACUAUUUGGGGAAGGAGCGGAGAUUUCCAGGAGUUGUGACCCACUUUUUGGCCUUUUAUUCAGCCUUAGAGCUGGCAUGGUGCCUGUGGGUAUGUCAUUUAGCAUAUGCUGACGUAUCGCAAUGAGCGUAUAAGGAGGCUCACGUUCUACUGGAAGCAGACUCUUCCGCCAUCUUGGGCCUAAUCAGUUCUAACUACUUUAUGUCCUCAGAGGCUGUGUCAUUCUUUUAAAGUUUGUGCCCUGCCUCCUUCCUUUCUCAGUAGUGUCAACUGAAAAAAGAAAUACGCAACCUAAAGGUUGAGAGUUAUGUUUUAUUCGGUGGACAUACUGAGGACUUCAAGCCGGGGAGGCAGCAUCUUAAGUAACCCCGAGUCGAAAAAAAAAAACCCAGUAACCCCGAGAAAA